UCAAGGUACGCGAUAUACACGCCGUGUAUUCAGAUUAUUCCACGAAAAUAUAUGUAUUUCACCGAGAGUGAAUAACCCUGGAUCGAGGAAGUGAUCGGUAGGAGUUUAAGGAUCUUGGAAGGAAUAUUUUAAACUAUAACAUUCCUCUUGAGGAGGAAACUAAAGUCUAACUUUCGUUAAUUUUCUACGCGAGUGUACCUCUAUCUUGGAUCUAAAACGCCAUUUUGUGAGCACGCAUCGCGACGUAAACAUCAAAACUUUCUAAUCCUAUUUAUUUCAACGUUAAGAGGAUUGAUCGUUGAUCUAUGAAAAAAAUUUAAUACAAACUUUGUUCGAUCGUUUGCAAUUUAUAAUCGUUAGAAAAGUUAACGUUUUUUCAUUCCUUGCGUAAAGACGUUUGGCGCCAAAUCCGGCAGAACGCACCUAGCGUGUUAACAGGCCCACAAACAGCUGUCCCGUUUCUCGCCGAUUUUCACGAUAUCUCAGAUCGGUGCUUGAUUUUAAGAUAUCGAGGAAAUUCCUUGCACCAGUCUUACUCCUCCACUUGUGUAUCCUUCAAAGAGAAACGUAUCGACAUGUAGAAAAGAACUUUAUAAGCGUAUGGUUAAAUCAAGUGAACGGCUAAUAUUUAAAAAUUUUAAAAAUGUGAUAUUAACCAAGAUUAAUGGUUGAAGUAAAAUAUAAGGAAUGGUAUUCAAUUGUAUUCUCCCUGGAUGUCAGAUAAGCUGAAAAAUGUCUGGUGAUUCAGGAUGGAGUGCUGUUAUCCAUCAUCCUUCAGAAUUAGAAUUACAGAAUUGGAAUUGGGAAGAAAACGAUGGAGAACAGGAAAGAGAACUUCCUUCGACAGUUGAUAUGGAUGCCAUAAAAGGUGGAGGUAGCUGGGAUCCUGCUAAUGGAACUAAUGGAACUGAUUCUAUUGAUUCCGAAGAAGAUUCUGAUUCUGACGAAGAAAGUUCUGGUGGAACCGAAGGCAGCUGUUCUUAUUCAGAUUCAAAUUCAGAAUCCGACGACGAAAGUAGCGAAGAGGAAGAAGGGGAAGAUACCGGAUCUAAUUCAGAUUGUUCGUCUGAACAUAGCGAGCAAACAUUUUCAAUCCAAGAAGCUAAUUUUGAAUCGGGAGCACUUAAAUUAAAGAUCAGCAUGAAGGGUCCAAAAAAGGAAGAUAUGGAUAAAAGUAAACAUGAUAAAAAUCGAAGAAAUAUGACUAAAAAGAUUAAAGCAACAAAUCGCGGAGUAAAAUCUUCAGAAUGUAGCAGCGAUGACUCUGAUUCAUUAACAAGUCAGAAUUUACAACAAACGCAUCAAGCGACUAUUCACCAAUCGCAGCAACAGCAACAACAACAUCAGCCACUUCAAGAAAUAAAUCAAGAAGACUUGGCAGCUAUUUUACCGGAUCAAGAACACGAAGAUGCUCCGUUUGACGGAUUUGAGGACUCUGAAAGUGGUCGUUUGGUAUCUAAAGCUAUUGAACGUAUGUCAUUAGGAGCGGACUCAGACAAUAGUGAUAAUGGUGAUCAAAAUCCUAUACCUGUGUAUAGUUCGUCGCUUUUACAACAAUUUGUUGAAAAAACGGCACUUUUGUCGGAACCUCGAAAAAGACGUAGCAAGUUAGGUAAGAAACUUAACGAUACUGAAUAUCCUUGCGUAUCAAAUGUAUCACCGGAUUCAGGCAUUCAAUCUGUAGAUAAUAGUCCUUUGCAUUUAGCAAUUAGUCCAGUAAGUCCGCCAGUUCCCACGCAAUCUCCUGUACAACCUGUUGUUCCAAAACCAGCCGUUAACGUGGAUAGAGUUUUAUAUCCACCUAAAAGAAAACCAGGUAGACCUGCAAAAGCAGUAUCCACUCAACCCCGUGGCCCAGGAAGGCCCAGAUUAAAACCAGAAGUUACUGAGAAGAUAGAAAAAGUUGAGAAAAAUGAAAAAAGAAAUACGCAAUUGCAACCAAAGGUUGUAAAGAAAGAAUUACCUACCGGAAAGAGGGGUAAAAUUAAACAACCUUUGCCAAAAUCAACAUCAACAACAACUCAACAGGAUACAUCUGUAGUUAAAAAAGUUAAAGAUAAGAAGCCUUUCCAAAAUAAACGGUCUAGUACAGUGAAAGUUUUACAGGAGAAAGCGAGUAAGCGAGUAAACGAAAAAGCAUCACCAGCUAGAGUUAAGUGCCUAAACAGAACGGUAGCGAAUAAAGCUAUACGAGAAACGACACAAUGUAAUAGCAAAGUUUGUAAGAAAUUAAGACAAGAAAAACCUAAUGUAUCUAAUAAAAGUAUGGUCCCGGUAACACGUCAAAAACAAUCUUCGUGCGACCGUAAUGCAAGCGAACAAAAACCUGUAAAUCCUAAUAAAAGAUGUUCGAAAGAAAAUAGAAAUAAUGUGGGUACAACAACCAGAAAGCAAAGCUCGUUAAAGAAACCCAUUCCGCAAACUACACGACGCGUUUUAAAAGAAAAUAAAUGUAAUAAGAAGAGUAAUUCAACGUUUGAAACCAAUGGAGUAAGUGUCCAAACAUUAAUAUCCUUACCCAUUGGAGAAUUAAAGACGGAAAACGUAGAAAAUGUAUCUAAUAAAUGUGACAAAGCGACACAACCGAUACAUAGUCAUUGUCACAAACAUCAUCAUCAUAAACAUCGCCGACGAUUGUUAACGCCACCAAAACAUCCAAUUCGUGUCGAUCCGUGUAUUGUACAAGAAUUAGAAAAGCUAAUCGAAGAAUUUAGUAGAUCUUGUAGUUUAGGAAGAAAUAAUAAUAAUUCUAAUCAUACGGAGUUACCACAAAUUUUUCGAGUAAAAAAGCUUACGAAGAAGAGAAAAUGUGAUUUAAAUUCGAAUGACGAUCAGAAGGUAAAAAGGCGCUUGAAAAAAGAUAAGGUACUUUCGAAUUCAGAUUCAAAGAGCAGUAUAAAUACGAGUACAAAUUCUAAUCCAAAUGAACAAAGAUUACCAUUAAAAAAAAGACAUUAUCAUGUGUCUAGUCCUCAUAGCUCCCAGAGUUCAAAUGCUAGUUGUACCGAUACUAAUUUGAACGAAUCUAAUUCGACUGAAAACCAUAUAGAGGAAGCAAUCGAAGCUACUAUUAAUAGGUAUGGUGGAAGUUCAGCAUCUUCUGUUCACGAAGAAAAUGUCGUAAAUACACCUAAAAAGAAACUUAAAGAUAAUGAAAAUGCAGUACCUGAAAAACAAGGAAACAACGCCAGUGAAUCUUUAGAAGAUAAACCUUUAAAUCAAUUAGAAGUACAACCUCGAAGAAAGAAGAAGAUCGUAAAAGAUCUUAGAGUUACGGUUACAAAAUUAUCCUCUGAAAAUCAUGGAUUAUUGGAUAAAGUUGAUAAAUCUGAGAAAUCUACCAACGAGAAAAAUGUCAAAAAUCAUGCAGAUAAAUCGAGUAAAUCAGAAAAAAUGCUUGCAGACAAAGUUGUAAAAUCUGAUAAAAAUCAAGCGGAUAAAGUAGAAAAAGUUGAUCCUACGAUUGAAAAUGAACAUUUAGAAAAAGAUAUAAAAGUUGAUGCAGAGGAAAAUUUAACUGAUAAUAGUAACAUACAAAUAGGUGGACUUGAUAAAAAGAUCAAAUCAGAUAAUGCGUUAAACGUUCCAAAUCCAGUAAAUCCUUCUGCAGCAUUGCUCCUUACGAAGAAAAAAAUUCGAAGGCGUAAAACGAUCAAUCGUACAGGCUUUCCAACAUUAAAAAAAAAGAAAAAGAAAGUACCUCCUCCUCCUACUGAGACAAGUGUAAUUAAAAAGGGAACUGUUGUUCCUGGAAAUAAUGUAAUACCUAAGGAUCAAGAUCGUAUAGAAGAAGAUAUCCAAGAAAGUAAGCUAGAUAGUAAAGUUGCCUUGUCAAGUGACAAAAUUUCAAACGACGCUCCGAUUGAAGAUGACGUUAAACUCAAAAAUGGAAAUAAAUCACAAAAUCAAAUAGAAAUAAAAGAUUUUGAAGAUUCUAAUUCGGGACGCAAUAUGACAUUAAGUCAUAGUGGUUCUGAUGAGAUAUUAGAUUCUUGUCCAGGACAAUUGAGAGUACGUAAAGACCUUGUUGAAUCUGACAGUAGUACUCCUUCUGAUAAAAUAUACCCAGUUAAGUUUGAGAAACUUCAAGAUUGUAGAAUUUAUGAUGAGAAUGCAUCGUUAGAAGAAUCUCUUGAAAGAUAUACUCUUCAUCAAAGAAUAGCUGAACUUAAUGAGGAGAAUUUAAAGAAGUUAGAACGUGUGAGUGCUCAAGACAUUGUGAAAAUGGAGUUGGCUGGAGCUGUUUGUUUUAAUAAUCUUCAUAGAAAGAGAAGAGGAUCGGUUAGUCCAUGUAAUUUAACAUUGAGAAAUGCGAAACGUCUACGAGGUACAGGCUAUGAUACAGAAAGCGAUGCUCCUCUUCUUGGCAGCGAUGUAGCUAGUGAUGAACACGAAACUGGAAAACAAUUGAGUAUACCACACACUAGGAAGCAACAAUCCAGGUGGAAACAACGUUAUUUGCAAGCUGGAAUUUUUUCUGGAUAUGCCAAGGAAGAUGAUUCAAAGAAAAUCUCAAAUGCUGAAACUAAUUCUGGGAAGAAUAAAUUGUUAUGUGAUACAAACGAUCAUUCGUCUGCGUUAGUACCAACUUCAUAUCAAUGCGGUAAACUUUUACGUCAACGAAAAAUGCCAUUUCAAAUGCCUUAUGAUAUAUGGUGGAUACAAACUCAUCCAAGAGUACAAGAUAGAGAUUAUGUGCCAUCUUGGAAUUACAAAAAAAUAAAAACGAAUGUUUAUUACGAUGUUAAACCGACAACAUUGUACGAGCCGCAAUCCUGCGAAUGUAAACCAGAAAGUGGUUGUGGGGAUGAUUGUAUCAAUCGUAUGGUAUUUAGCGAAUGUUCGCCGCAAUUCUGUCCUUGUGGUGAAAAAUGUCAAAAUCAAAAAAUACAAAAACAUGAAUGGGCACCAGGACUUCAAAGGUUUAUGACCGAAAACAAAGGUUGGGGCGUAAAAACUCAUCAAUUCAUUAAGUCCGGAGAUUUUAUUUUAGAAUACGUUGGUGAAGUUGUUUCAGAACGAGAAUUUAAAUCUAGAAUGGCAACAAGAUAUGCCGACGAUAUACACCAUUAUUGUUUACAUUUGGACGGAGGUUUGGUAAUAGAUGGUCACCGUAUGGGUGGUAAUGGCAGGUUUGUUAAUCAUUCGUGUGAACCUAAUUGCGAAAUGCAAAAAUGGAGUGUACAUGGACUACCGCGAAUGGCUUUAUUUGCGUCCAGAGAUAUAGAACCCGAUGAAGAACUAACAUACGAUUACAAUUUUGCACUCUUUAAUCCAUCGGAAGGUCAACAGUGUAAAUGUGGUAGUAGUGCGUGUAGAGGAGUUAUAGGAGGAAAAAGUCAAAGAGUGUCAAGAACUAUUACCUCGAUUCCUUCGCAAAUAGAACCAACGGAAAGAAGAUCAGUUGGUAGGCCACGUAAAAAUGUUCGUAAAUCCAACACGAUACAAUUCACUAAUUCUAAGGGAAUUUGUAAAUCGCGUAAAGUAGGCGAUUCUAGUCUUGGUAAUGCACCCAUGCUUAAACCAAUGUCUCACCAGCAACGUUGUUUCGCCCAGCAACAUCAUUGCUUUCUGUUAAGAAACUUAGAGAAAGUAAAACGACUUAAAGCAUUACUUAAUCAAAUGCAAGUACAAAAUGGUAAAACAAAAUUUAGUAAUACGAAUAAUAUAAAGGACAAAAAUUCUGGCGAUUCUAAGACGCAAUCGGACGCAUUCUAUUCACAAUUAACGGCAUUGACAAAUACCAAUAUAAGAACAGUACGUACAAGAAGACUUGCACAAGCGCAGGAUGAUCCAGAAGUGCAUAAGACUGCCAAAUUAGCUAAGGUGCUAAAAGAUUUAUACUCUAUAGUAGCUAAUGCUAAUGACGAAAAUAACCAAUUAUUGUGCGCACCAUUCGUGAAUUUACCAGCUAAAAGAAAAUUACCUGAUUAUUAUGAAAAAAUAUCAGACCCUAUAGAUUUGAGUAUGAUAGAUCAGUGUAUUGGUACUGGUCAUUACAAAACCGCCGAACAAUUUGAUCAAGACAUGAUAAGACUUUUUGAUAAUAACGUAAGGUUCUUCGGCAGAACAUCCGAAGUUGGAAUAGCAGCUGCUAGACUUAGAAAAUUGUAUUUGGGAAGUAAACCAGAUUUUAUAAAAGCUAUAACGGAAGCAACAGGUUCGCCUCCUUCUCAAGGAUUUUUACCUCCUCGAGGAUCUUCUUCUGGAGAAGAAGAUGUUAUUAGAUGUAUAUGUGGACUGCAUAGGGACGAGGGCCUAAUGAUACAAUGCGAACGAUGUCUUGUUUGGCAACACUGUGACUGUGUCAAAGCUGACGUAAAUGUUGAAUCUUAUUUGUGCGAAAGGUGUUUGCCAAGACCAGUUGAUUUAGAGAUACCGCUGGAAGGUGAGGAAGAAGAAGAAGGCAAGACACAUUUUGUAACAUUGUUACGAGGAGAUUUACAACUUAGACAAGGAGAUACGGUAUAUGUAUUAAGAGAUACACCCGAAAAGCAUACGUAUAAAACUAUUCAAAAACCAGAUUAUGAACAGAUGGAUAUCUUCAGAAUUGAAAGACUUUGGAAAAAUACAGAGGGAGAAAGAUUUGUGUUUGGUCAUCAUUAUUUAAGACCUCAUGAAACUUAUCAUGAACCAACUCGCAAAUUUUAUGAAAACGAAGUAGUAUGCGCACCUUUGUACGAAGCAGUACCAUGUGAUCUUGUUGCUGAACGUUGUUGGGUUCUUGACCCACAUACUUUUUCUAAAGGCCGACCAGUUGGAUCUACACCAGAGCACACUUAUGUUUGUGAGUAUCGCGUUGAUCGAGCUGCACGUCUUUUUACUAAAGUAGCAAGAGCCAGACAUCAAGUGUGCACAAAACCUUAUGCAUUUGAAACAUUUCCACAACGGAUCAAACAUUAUCGCACAUACUUGCCACACAGUCUUGAUGGUAUUAACAUUGGAAAUAAAGGGAGUAAAGAUAAAAAGAAAAAUAAUCAAGAUACUGAUAGUCAUCAAAAAGUAGAGUCAUCUGAUAAUACAAAAGCAAAUAAUAAAGAAAAAGCAUCUAGCAGCAGAACUAGACGAAGAUCUAGUGAAAUGUUAACAAUUGCACCAUCUGUUACAUCUUAUGCUCAGAGGGAAGAACAGAGAAAGAGACUGAAUAGCAUUCUGGUUAAUUUGUUGCAAAAAAUGCCAAAUAAAAAAGAUCCAUUGGACUUAUCAUUCCUUCUGGAAAGGAAUAGACGUAAUCGUAAAAGACCAACCGGACUUAAUCCGUGACAUUGGAUAAUACAUCAACAAUAAUAUUGUGUUAUGUGUAGGUAACAAACUCUUAUUAAGAAAUUCGAGAGAAUAGAUAAACUGGCUAAUAAUCUUUAAAUAACUCGAAACAGCAAUACGUAAAUAUGUCUAACUAUUUUGUCCUUCUCUUAAAGAAAAUAUUGAAAAAGCGUUUCCUUUUUCAUACAACCCGUCCAUUCAUGUAAUCUGUAUUGGAAACGUAGCCAUGCAUUACAUUUCCUGGAUAUAAAUUAAGCUAACUAAGAGGUUUUUAUAAAUAUUGUUUCCUUAAUAACAUAAAACAAUAGAAAAUAAUUUCACUCAAUUGAAAAUAUUUUCUAUAGUUUUAUCAUAUUUUUAUGUGAAAGACUGUAUUUUCACUGGUGUGUUGGCGAAUUCUUGUAUAGUACUUUUUUAUGAGAACUAAUUUGAUAAUAAUUGAUAUGGAAACGAUUGGCUUUAAUCUUGCCAAUAAUAAUUCUGGCAUAAUCUGUUGCCAGUACAUUGAUAUAUGUAUAUUAACGAAUAAAUAUUAGUUCUGAUUCGAGUUUCAGUGAAGGUACGGUCGUUAAUUAUUUAUAAAAAAAAAAAAAAAAAAA